CGACAUGUCUUCUAAAUAAUUGUUGUGUGGAGUGACGUGACUUACAUUUUUACAUAUAAAUUAACGGAUUCGGGAUUAACAAUAACAAACUAUAGUUGUUAUUUAUUAUUGUGUUUAAACUGACUUUUUCUAUUUAUUUAUUAAAUCGUCAUAAAACCCAAGUUUUAUAGGCAUAUUAUUAUUUUUGAUUAAUCCCCAGUGAUAGUUAAAGUUUAAAGUAGAAUUCAUCUGUUAAAAGAUGUAUCUUAAGACGUGGAAGGAAUUUGAGAGUGCAUCGUACAACUUAAUUCUCAGAGAUCCGACAAGGGUUAGAUGCACUAUGAAGUAUGGUCACAAAGAAUCGACUGUAUCGCUUAAAGUAACAGACGAUAUUACGUGUUUGCAGUUUAAAACAUCGGACAUUCAAUACGUUAAAAAAAUUGAAGUGUUCUAUUCGACUAUUAUGCGACAAAUAACAUCAUCUGAGCUAUGAAAAUACAACCGACAGUAUCUAAGCAAUAUGAUGUAUGUUUAUUUUUGAUCAUGUUAAAUAUUAUGUAUUUAAUAUAAAACUAAUGUAAGUCAAUGUAAUAUACGGUUUUUUAAAUAUUGCAAUUUGAACACAUUCCAAAUAUUUAUGUAAUAUAAAUUUCAGAUAUCUAACUGA